AUGAGCACUUCUAAGCACUCCGACAAUGACUCACGACAGGGCCCGCCAGACGAUGUCAUCGAACGCAUUGAACGAGGUCAACCGAACGAAGAUAUAGAGAACCGGUACACAACUCUUGCGUGGACUGCAACAUCAGAGGGGCCAAUAUACUGGACCCAUAAAUAUGGGUCGGUGUCGCCGAUACGUGCGCCUCCUGAGCUCCCCCAAGUGCGACCCACUGAGACGGAUCCAAGACGUUUGGAAAGUGGGACCGCGCUGGGGAGCGGUGCGGCUACGAAUUCAUGUAAUCCUUCCAACCCCCCCUCUAUCUGGCAGACCGUCGUCGAGCAUACUACCCACCACGAUAAAGAGUUGGUAAAGGACUGGCAGAAAUCCAUGGAUGUCCUCCUUAUCUUCGCUGCAUUGUUCGCAGGCAUCCUCACAGCCUUCUUGAUUGAAUCUACCAAGCGGUUGGAGGGACAUUUUCCGGAAGAAACGGUGGUAUUGUUGCGGCAGAUUGCGCAAACCCUAAACAAUACCUCAUCUACUUAUGUCCUACCGGAACCGCGGAGAUCCACUUCCACUCUGCUUCUUAUCAACCGUCUAUGGUUCUCUUCUCUUUCCUUGACCAUUGGAUCCGCAGUCGGUGCUAUGGUCGUUAAACAAUGGUUAUCUGAGUACAAGAAAUCCUUGAACGAUUUAAAAUUCGAGUCCCAGAACCAUGCAUCACAGGAACGAUACCAACAAAGGGCUUGCCUUCGUGAGUUCCGCUACAGUGGACUUACGCAGUGGUAUGUGCCAGAGAUCAUUGGAUUCUUGUCCAUUGCGCUACACGCUGCUUUACUGCUCUUCUGGGUGGGACUCGUUCAUUGUCUGUGGGAACUUGACCUCUAUACCUCCAUCCUCGUCAUUGUCACCUCCGGGAUUGCCCUUGUAUCCCACAUUGGAUCCACGAUUCUUCCUUCUAUAAUCCUUGGGUGCCCCUAUAAGACGCCCAUCUCACAUCUUAUUUCCAACACAAUUCGUGCAAUUCGGGUCAUAUCCAAUAAGUGGCCACCCAAUCCUCACGAUCCAAGGAGGAAAAAGAAGCUAAAGGCUCGGUUCCACGACGCCAUUCGUGUUCACCGAAUUCUAUGGGAAGAUGAGAAGGAGAAGGUAGAACGCCACGCAUCCGAUUUAGCCAAGAAAUGCCUUGAACGCCUGAGGGCAUCUACGAUAAGCGAAGCAACUGCCGCCUGGGUCACGGAAGAACUUCAGAAACUCUCACACACCGCGCCACACCAUCCCGUAUCUAUUCCUCGGCAUACCACCUACGAUAUCGCUUCAGGUGCCCAGCCUGAGUGGAAUGCAAUAGUAGAGGGAAUGGGAGCGCGGACACCUUGA